UUCUGCACAGUCCAUCAUGACUUCUGCAAACGUUAAGUCUGUUUCCUUCGUCGUUGUCGCCCUGACGGUUGUCGGCAGUGUCCUUUGCAGUCCGCUGUUGAUCGGUUCCGCGCUCGUCGUAAAACCGAACGCGCCGAGCAGCAGUCUCUCGGGUAACCAGAGCAGCAGUGAUUUGGGACACUUUCCUGGAGCUGAGGAAGCAGAUGACGCAGACACGGACAGGAUAGUCGGAGGGAGGUACGCGAGGAGGCAUCAGUUCCCGUUCAUGGCUGUGGUGCACCGGCUAUUGGGCGGAGGCUACGUCGCACAAUGCGGCGGAACAAUUAUCUCUCAAAGAUGGGUGCUGACCGCCGGCCACUGCGUGUCGCAGGACCCGCCGCGGAGAUUCAUCGUGGUAUUCGGCGUUAACGAUAAAUCCGGCUUAGGGUACGAUUUCUACCAAGGAUCGGGAGUCGCCAUGAUGACGGAGAGAGGCGCUCUCCACCCAGGCUACCGACCAUCCGUGAACGACGUCGGCUUGCUGUACAUGCCGCGCGAUAUUCCGUUCGGACGAAACAUUCAACCUAUUCGGCUAGCAGGACCAAGUCAAGCGUACGAAGAUUUUGCUGGAAUGAAGGCCACCGUGAUCGGAUGGGGAAAAGAUCAAUCUACCGGCGUGGGAACAAAGUACCUGAAGUACGCCACUCUACCGAUUAUUUCUAGCUCGCAAUGCAGCAUCUACUGGAAUAUUAUUCCGAAGAAACAUGUGUGCACCGUCGCAGGAUAUGGAUCAGAUGCGUGCCAGGGCGACAGCGGCGGUCCAUUGAUCGUCUACAAAAAUGGUGCUCCCCUUCAAAUCGGAGUCGUCAGCUACGGAGACGCAAAUUGCCCCAGCAGCAGACCCGGCGUUUUCUCGAGGGUGACAGGCUACAUCGAUUGGAUUCAACAAGUUACAGGACUAUACUAUGGCGACCAGUGAUAUUAGUCAUUUAAAAAUGCGUCGAACGCCUAGACCAUCAUUUAUACUUGUAAAUAAAUAAAUAUGCAAUGCAGUUUUUGAAGAUCCAUGUUGUGCUUUCCUGCGGCGUUCCAAAAUAUUAAUAAAUAUGCACCAUCGGAUAAUUUUCCGAUGCACAAGCUGUACCAUAAAUUUCAUGUUCAUCUACAUUCAUGUUCACUGUAAAGCAUGGCAACUAAUAACACAGAAAUAACAUUUAAUUCAAACUCAAAAUA